GUGGGCGGCCCAGCAGCCCAAACCCACGAGACCCAGACCCGCAGACCGCCUUCCCCCCCCCCCACUCCUCUCCGCUUCCAGACUCCUCUUCGCCGCCGAUUCGUCCCGCCGCCCCAUCCGCUCCGUCGCGACGCCAUGUCGGUGACGCUGCACACGAACCUGGGGGACAUCAAGGUGGAGGUUUUCUGCGACCAGGUGCCGCGGACGGCGGAGAACUUUUUAGCCCUGUGCGCGAGCGGCUACUACGACGGCACCGUCUUCCACCGCAACAUCAAGGGGUUCAUGGUGCAGGGCGGCGACCCGACGGGCACCGGCAAGGGCGGCGCCUCGAUCUGGGGCGGCAAGUUCGCGGACGAGUUCCGGGAGGCGCUCAAGCACGGCGCCCGGGGCACCCUGUCCAUGGCCAACUCCGGGCCCAACACCAACGGCAGCCAGUUCUUCAUCACCUACGCCAAGCAGCCCCACCUCAACGGCCACUACACCGUGUUCGCCAAGGUCAUCCACGGCUUCGACGUGCUCGACCUCAUGGAGAAGACCCCCACCGGCCCCGCCGACCGCCCCCUCGCCGAGAUCAGGCUCAACCGCGUCACCGUCCACGCCAACCCCCUCGCCGGGUAGGCCUUUCUUCUCUCCUGGAUGGCUGGCCUGGCCUGGCCUGGCCUCUGCUGCUAAUCUAGGAACCGGAACCAAAUUUGGCUCUGUAAUAUCAUCAUCGUCUGGUUACCUGAAUUCUACCUACCUGCCUACCCGCAAGAACAUGAUGCUGCUAGUAUACUGGUGUGUUGAAUGAUGAUACUGCAAUGCAAGCGUUUGGUUAAGUGAAUUAAGCUGCGGGAGGAUUUGUCACCUGAA